CAUAGAGAGGCGCUGGGUAGUGUAGUUUUUCCGCCCGCCCUACCAUUUUCCAUAUGCUUCGCGAGGUUUUGCAUGGGCGGGUUGUGUGUGGCUACAUUUCUCAGCAAGACCUGCUAAACGAUAUUGCUAUGAAAUCAGCAUAAAGUUGCCUUUGAAUUUCUAGAGGCAUGUCCAAGAAAAGGGGCAGAAAGCGGAGCAGCGGUGAACUGAGUGACACGUUAACCCCCGACCCCAACUGCAUUCUGGGACUACGCAUCCAGCACAACUGGCGUGAAAAGGGGAACCAGAGCAAAUGGAAGGGAACCGUGCUGGACCGUCUCACCGUCAACCCCUCUCUGUUCAUGGUUAAGUAUGACGGAUUUGACUGCGUCUACGGGAUCGAGCUCUUCAAGGACGAGAGGGUGUCAAAUCUACAAGUACUUACAGAGAAAGUCGUGAACAACAAGAUCAAAGUACCUCACGGGGCUGAGGAGUUGGUCGGCAAAGCUGUGGAGCAUCUCUUUGAAAAAGAAGAUGGCGAGAAGAACGAGUGGAGGGGCAUGGUCCUCUCGCGAGCCCCCAUCAUGACCAACUGGUAUUACAUCACCUACGAGAAGGACCCCGUGCUUUAUAUGUACCAGCUGUGGGACGACUACGCCGACGGAGACCUGAGGAUUCUACCUGAAGCAGAGAACAAGCAUCUGUUGCCCGCGGACAGGAAGCCCGGGGAGGAGACGGAGAGCCUGGUAGGUAAGCAGGUAGAGUACGUUACUGACAAGGGUGUGAAGAGAACGGGCCUGGUCAUCUACCAGGUGCCGGCCAAGCCCUCUGUGUACUACAUCAAGUACGACGACGACUUUCACGUCCACGUGUACGACCUGGUGAAGACCACCUAGAUGGCAAGAGACACUUUACCUCCCUUUCCCUCCCGAGAGGGGCUUGUCUCUCGUUGUUAUGUUUUGUUUUUAAAGCCUUUAUGGGGAUUAACAUAAUCAUAUGAUGAAUCGUUGUACAAAAUAAAAGCUUUUUUUGUUUGCACAGCAACGCUGUAGCAUUGCUAUGCUUGACUAUUGUGCAAACAACACCUGACAUAAUGAUAUAAAGGCUGUGGAUACCUCCUAGUAACCAACAGUUACAAACCUGCAGUUUCGGUCAGAUACUUUAAUAAUACAUUAUCUCCAAAGUAAUAAGAUGUUUACAGUUAUGCAAAGAAAUCGUGUGGAAGCAAUUUUCUCAUUGCUAACAUCAAUGACAUAAUGUGCUUGAUUUGCUCAAAGGAUAACUUAGAUUUUGAAAACUUGGGGACCAGUGAGAAGUAAGAUAUGUAGCUGCAUCUGAUAAAUUGCCCCUACCAACACAAUAUGGUUUGUCCUUAUGCAGGUCUUUUAUUCUCUCUCGUUUGUUCAUUUUUUUUAUUUUCUUUCUCUUUCUUUAUGUCACUUGUUCUUACUUGCAACUCCAUGGACGGCCGACUAUUUAAUGGAUACUUGCUUAUUUGGUUGCAAAAAUAUGUCCCAUAUGCAGUCUGAUGCCGAACCAACUCUCACUCUGUGGUCGAUGGCAGGUUUCUGCCAAGAUGCCAUUGGUCGUUAAAAGCACAAGGAACAUACGUUUCUAUGGUGCAUGUUGCCAUUUGCUACAUUUAUCCAUUAACUUUAAAUAUCAUUAAGUGCCUUCAGGCUAAUCACGCUGCAAUAUAUCUAUAUAUAUAUACAUAUAUAUAUGUAUAUUUAUAUAUAUAUAUAUACACACACAUACAUACUUGCGCUACUGCUAACUUACUAGCUUUACCACUUGGUUUUUCAUUGUCCCACAUAGUAAAUGUGACUUGAGUUUUAAAAAAAAUCACAACCAUCAGUUUAUAUUGGAGAACAUGUGCAAUGAUGCUUUACUGUAAAUGCAGUAUACAAUUGAUUUUCAAAGACAACAUGCUGAGUCAUUGGUUAUGUCUGAUUGUUGGUGACAAAAGGAUCACUCAUUAUAUUGUGUAUAGUUCAUAUUUGUUUAGGUUAUGGUACUCUUGACCUGUUUGACCCAACAUGCUUAUUAGAGCCAAUGCUGCAAAUUAUGCAUCACUUUACACGCAUGAAGUAAAUUUGUAACAGUUAUUUGUUACAGACUAGUCCAUACAUUUUACAGUAUUUAAUCUGUAAUUUAUCUCUGAAAUGUAUUGUAAUGUUGCCUGUUGUGAUCAACCUGUAUGUGAAUAUUUCACACCAGCUUUUCUCAAAACAGAUAUGUAGUAUAAAGUAAAGUUAGGACAUAAAGUCACAAUAUAUGACAGUUAUCAUCAAACUACAUAAGCGGUAAAUAUUGGGCAGGAGUCUCUUACUCAUCAGAAGGGUAUUAUUAAAAGUAUUAUUAUAAUGGAUCAUAUCAUGGUUUAAGGAAUAUAUGUCUGCCACUCCUCCAGGCUAUUCUGUGUACGCCUCAGUUAAGUAGUGAGUUUAUAGGUAUACUGUGGUUUCAUGCUUUUCUAUUAUGUGGCUGUUCAAAAUUUGCAUGUGUCAUUAGGAAGAAACUUGUGGACAUAAACAAAUUUCAACCAUGGUUGUGGAAGAAUGAAAAUGUCUACAAUAAUCUGGAGUUAUUAAAAACCUGGAUUUAAAAUAACAAAAAAUAUGUGUAUAUUUAAUUUAAACAAGUGAAUGUGUUUUAAAAAAAGAAAUUGUGAUUAUAAUGGAGGAAUGUUGCCACAACUUGUUUCUCUGGUGUGAUGUUGAGUGGAUAUUCAAAUGGCAGUGUGCGGUCUUCAUUCUUUAAAUAUCCUUCCCUCUUGUACUGAAGUUGCAGCAUCGACAGGCAAUUUGUGUCAAAAUUCUGUCAUAAAUAAAGUUUUUGCACAUUU